AUGGAUCCCGCCAUCGCCAGAAUUUUCACCGCCAACUCCCAGUGGGCCGACGCCGUCAGCGACGCUGAGCCGCAAUUCUUCCAAGCCUCUGCGAAGGGGCAGUCACCCAAGGUGCUCUGGAUCGGCUGUGCCGACUCGCGAGUCCCAGAGUCAGUCGUCACCGCCUCCAAGCCGGGCGACAUCUUCGUCCACCGCAACAUCGCCAACCAAUUCCACCCGGAUGAUGACAGCGCGCUCUCUGUCCUGACCUAUGCCGUACACGAGCUUGGCGUCCAACACGUCGUCGUUGUGGGUCAUACCCACUGCGGCGGCGCUAAAGCCUGCUACUCUGCCGCUUGUGCGGGCGCCGCGGCCCCCGGGUCCUCCAGCGCCCCUGCAACGCCGCUCGAGCGCUGGCUCGCGCCCCUCACCGCCCUCGCCGCCUCGCUCCGCCUGAGCACCGCCCCGCCCGAGUACGCCCUCCCUCUGCUCGUCGAGGAGAACGUCAAGGCGCAGGUCGCGAACGUCGUCAAGGCUGUACCGCUCCUCGACGCCUGGCGCGCCCAGAAGCGCGUCUGGGUCCACGGCUGGGUGUACGAGGUCGAGAAGGGCACAUUGAAGGACCUCGGCGUGUCAAAGGGCCCCGAGUCGGUCGAGGCUGGUCCUGCUGCUCGCGCCACUGACGCUUGA